AACCCGGUGUGUAUAAGUUUCAGUUUUUUAAGAAGCACAGAGGAAACAGAGCUGCUGUGUAAAAGCGCACACGAAGUCACAUUCCUUGUUCAUAAUUGUUGAUUGUUUACCGAGUUUCUGAGCUGUCGGAGAUGAGCGCGAGCCUGAGUGAGCAGUAUGAGGAGAAGGUGCGUCCGUGCAUCGACCUGAUCGACUCUCUGCGCGCGCUCGGUGUGGAGAAGGACCUCGCGCUGCCCGCCAUCGCCGUGAUCGGAGACCAGAGCUCGGGGAAGAGCUCGGUGCUGGAGGCGCUGUCCGGAGUCGCGCUGCCCCGCGGGAGUGGUAUUGUGACGAGAUGUCCACUCGAGCUGAAGAUGAAGAGGAGCCGAGAGGAAGACUUCUGGCAUGGAAAGAUCAAGUACAAGAAAGAUCAUGAUCAGGAUCAUGAGGAAGAGAUUGACGAUCCAGCAGAUGUGGAGAAAAAGAUUAGAGAAGCUCAGGACCAUAUGGCUGGGGUCGGCGUGGGCAUCAGUGAAGAGCUCAUCAGCCUGGAAGUGACGUCAGCUGAUGUUCCCGACCUCACACUCAUCGAUCUGCCUGGUAUUGCUCGAGUGGCAGUCAAAGGCCAACCAGAGAACAUCGGAGAACAGAUUAAGAGGCUGAUCCGAAAGUUCAUCACAAAGCAAGAAACCAUCAACCUGGUGGUGGUGCCGUGUAACGUGGACAUCGCCACUACUGAAGCGCUGAGGAUGGCUCAGGAAGUUGAUCCAAAUGGCGAGAGAACCCUCGGCAUCCUAACGAAGCCCGACCUGGUGGAUAAAGGCACGGAGGACACGGUGGUGUCCAUCAUCCAUAACGAGAUCAUUUACCUCACUAAAGGCUACAUGAUCGUCAGGUGCCGAGGGCAGAAGGAAAUCAUGGACCGCGUCUCUCUGCACGAAGCCAUCGAGAAGGAGAAGGACUUCUUUAAAGACCACUCACAUUUCAGUGAGCUGUAUGAUGAAGGCAUGGCCACCAUUCCCAACCUGGCUGAGAAGCUCACACUCGAACUCGUCCAUCACAUCGAGCGAUCUCUGCCACGACUGGAGGAGCAGAUUGAGAUAAAGUUGGCUGAAACUCAGGGUGAACUGGACCGCUAUGGCUCAGGGCCUCCUACAGAACCAGGAGAGAGGAUCUUCUUCCUGAUUGACAAAGUCACAGCGUUCACUCAGGACGCCAUUAACCUCACGACCGGAGAGGAGCUGAAGAACCUCCAACAUCUCAACAUCUUCUCGAGCCUGCGGAGGCAGUUUGCUCUCUGGAAGAAUCAUCUGGACAACUCAGGAGAGACGUUUAAGAGGAAGAUUGAGAAGGAGGUGAACGAGUAUGAAGAAAAAUACCGAGGCAGAGAACUCCCAGGAUUCAUCAACUACAAGACCUUCGAGGUGAUGGUGAAGGACCAGAUCAAGCAGCUGGAGGAACCUGCCAUCAGGAGACUGAAGGAAAUCUCAGAUCUCAUUCGGAAGGGCUUCAUCCAACUGGCUCAAUCCAGCUUCUUGGGCUUCCCCAAUCUCCUCAAAAUGGCAAAGACUAAGAUUGAAAACAUAAAGCAGGCGAAGGAGUCGGAGGCCGAAUCAAUGCUGAGGACUCAGUUUAAGAUGGAGCUGAUCGUCUACACCCAAGACCACAUGUACAGCGACACCCUGAGCACGGUGAAGCUUGAGGAGGAAGAAGAAGGGAAACAAAAAAUUUGCAUUCCUCGCAUUGCUUCGUGUAGUUUAUACAAUCAGUCAGACAACAGAGCCACUCUUGAGGAACUGAUGCGUCACCUCAAGUCCUACUACAGCAUUGCGAGUAAGCGUCUGGCUGACCAGCUGCCGCUGGUGAUCAGGUACCUGCUGCUGCAGGAGUCGGCGGCACAGCUGCAGAGAGAGAUGCUCCAGCUCAUACAGGACAAAAACAACGCGGAGCAGCUGCUGAAAGAAGAUCAUGACAUCGGCAGCAAACGCAACAACCUGCAAAACCGCCAGAAGCGUCUGUUGGAGGCCCGCAACUACCUGGUCAAGUUUUAGAGUCACAUAUAGUGUCUACUUUGGACAUGGCGUUACUGUUGAUCACUCGAAGGCAAGUAAAAAGAGUGAUAUACAUUCAAUAAAUAAAUUAUAAUAGUAGCAAUGUUCCAAUAUUAUAAACAUUUGUCUUUUACUAUGCUGUUAUAAACUGAUUUAGUUCCCAUAAUUAGUGAAAGUGUGUGUCAGCUAUUUAAAAUACCUUUUUUUGUAUUGUAUAUUGAAAUUUCUGCUGCUGUCUGUUUCCCUUUUUUUUCAGCUGGAUCAAUCUUUCAAUAUUCUAGUAUGUACAUGUAUUUACCCUAUCAAGCUGUACUCCCCUCUUACUACCAUAUACAGUACUGUAUGAUCAUACUGUCAACAUAGCGUGUCAUAAUAUUAAAAAUACACUAUAUGGCCAAAAGUUUGUGGACACAUGAUCAUCACAUCAGUAUGUGAUUUUUGAUCAUCUCAUUCCAGAUGUAGUCCCCUGUUGUUGUCAUAAUGACUUUCACUCUUCUGGGAAGGCUUUUCACUAGAUAUUGGAGUGUGGCUUUGGGGAUUUGUGCUCAUUCAGUCGCAAGAGCAUUAGUGAGAUCAGGCACUGAUGUUGGGUGAGGUGUUCAGUGGGGUUGAGGUCCUAUUCACUGUGUUUAUGAGAAAAUUCCACGGAGACAGCUCACUCUUGUGAUAGAUAGAAGUUAAAAUAGCUCAGAGUUCGUGAAGAGACACUGUUUCUCAAUUUCAGAGUAUGUCAGUUGUCUUGAGUCUAUUCCUAAACAUUUGCCAUAAAAACUGAGUGAAAUGA